CCUCUAUCAAUAUCUUAUUGUUGGGGUUUCAACAUACUCUUCCUUCUUUGAUACUCUCCUUUUUUUCCUUUUUUUUUUUUUUUUUGAACUUGAAAAGAUAAGCGCUUAGAAUCUGGAAACUUUUGAGAAAGAUGAAUGCUUCAAAGUUCAUCAAAUGUGUAACUGUAGGCGAUGGUGCCGUUGGCAAGACCUGCAUGCUCAUUUGUUACACUAGUAACAAGUUCCCUACUGACUAUGUUCCAACUGUGUUUGACAAUUUCAGUGCCAAUGUAGCCGUGGAUGGGAGCAUUGUCAAUUUGGGUUUGUGGGAUACUGCAGGUCAAGAGGAUUAUAGCAGGCUGAGACCACUAAGUUACAGGGGUGCAGACAUUUUUGUAUUAGCUUUCUCUUUAAUCAGUAGGGCAAGCUAUGAAAAUGUUCUUAAAAAGUGGAUGCCUGAACUUCGUCGUUUCACACCCAAUGUCCCAAUUGUACUUGUUGGAACUAAAUUAGAUAUUCGAGAAGAUAAUCGCUAUCUAGCAGAUCAUAUGGGCUCAAAUAUUAUAACACCUGCCCAAGGUGAAGAGCUAAGGAAACAAAUCGGUGCAGCAGCUUAUAUAGAGUGCAGCUCUAAAACUCAGCAGAAUGUGAAAGCUGUUUUUGACACUGCAAUCAAGGUUGUGCUUCAGCCUCCUAGGAGGAAGGAGGUAGCGAGGAAGAAAAGGCAAAGAAGCACUGGUUGUUCAAUUGUCAGGGGGAUCGUCUGUGGAGGCUGUGUUGCUUAGGAAAGUUUAGGAUUUGGUGUUCGUGAUAUGUAUCCUUUCCAACAUGUACUGACUCAAGCUCUUCCCAGUUGUUUUUUUUUGCGGUACUAAGCGAAAGCUGGAGCUUGCAUUAGUAUGAUAUGGCUGACGAAUAUUGUAUUGUAUUGUAUUACCUGUUUUGUAGCACAAACUAUUUGUGGAGAAGCAGAGGGAAUUGUUGAUUUCCUCAAGUUAUGUAUUUUGAAUGUGUUGGUCUUGUGGAUGCACUGUUAACUUGGUACAAGGAAUAUUAUCCCCAAA